AUGCUUCUCGUUUCUAUUUCCUUAUUCGUUCAAUACACUCUUUACUUACAAUAUACCUUGGCACAGCCUUCACACAGUGCAACUUCGACGUAUUCGGCGAGUAGGGCUGUUCAAUUGCCCAGGUCCUUCUGUCGUGCUUUUGUGCACUUAUGGGGUCUUUCGGUCAGUUUCCACUUAGGUUUUGCACUCACUUGUCACUGGCGUAUCGUACCAAGUCUUCCACCAAUAUUACUACGCCGACCACACAGACAGGAGCUAGACCCCCAGGAACUUCGUCCCGAAGUUACAAUCCAAACAAAUUCGUUAGCACAAACAAAACAUAAUCCUUCAUUGCAAACAUAUCUCAUUAACACUAUCCAAGCAACGCAAAAAUACCAACAUAUUUGUCCC